CUUAAAUUUUGUUUGUAUCUAAUCUUUAUCUGCAAGUGGAUCAAAAACUAAUAAGGAAUCAUAACCAGUUUUCUCACAAAAACUUCACUCUUCAGAGCACACUACACACUGUGAUGGAGAACAUCAAACAUAGUGAUGUCCAAGUGAAAGGGCUCAAGCUGCGUGUGGCAGAUAUUGGAACCGGGUCAAAGGCAGUGGUAUUCUUGCAUGGAUUCCCAGAAAUCUGGUAUACAUGGAGGCACCAGAUGGUUGCUGUGGCCAACUCUGGCUACAGGGCUAUUGCCUUUUAUUUCAGAGGCUAUGGACUUUCUGAGCAGCCACCUCAACAUGAGAACGAAACCAUGUUUGAUUUGAUUGAUGAAAUCUUGGGUUUCUUAGAUGCUUUAAACAUUCCCAAGGCUUUCCUUGUUGGUAAGGAUUUUGGUUCUAUCCCAGGAUAUCUUACAACAGCUUUGCACCCAGAAAGAGUAGCUGCAGUUAUAAAUUUGGGCAUCGCUUUCAUUCUUCUGGGCGAAUCCGCUGUCUAGAACGACCUUCUCCCCAAAGGCUUCUAUAUUACCAGGUGGCAGGAACCAGGGAGGGCAGAAGCAGAGUUCGGCCGUUUCGAUGUGAAGUCAGUUAUAAGGAAUAAAUUAUGAAUAAUUCCUUUAAACCUGAACUCGCCAAAGUCACAGGAUUUUAAUUUUGAUUUUUUUGUUUAGUAAGCAAUUAGUUAUCAUUAUAAAUUGCACCAACCAUCUUUGACUAUAGAAUUUUGAUUUUAUUUUCACCGUUUAUG